AUACCAGCGGCAUUCUGUAUUCAGUUAUGAGUGACAGCGAUGAUGACGUCCCGACACUGUCAGCGGAGACUCUGGCUGCCCUGCAGGAAUUUUACAGUGAGACCAGGAACUUCACGGCACAGAGCACAGCUCCGUCAGACUGGUUCACUGUGGGAGCAGUGGAGGAGGACUGGAGCAUGAGUCAGUUCUGGUACAGCGAUGACACGGCCACACGGUUAGCCGAGGAGGUCAUACGUGCGACUGGAGACGGAGGCAGAAUAGCUUGUGUGUGCGCGCCCAGCGUGUACCAGAAGCUGAAGCAGGGAGUGGUGGACGGGUCGGACCGGGUUUCUGCUGUCGUGCUGGAGUAUGACCGCCGCUUCAGUGCCUAUGAGCAAGACUUCAUCUUCUACGACUACAACGAACCUCUCUCCAUCACUGCUGAAGUGGCGCCUCAAAGCUACGACAUCGUCCUUGCUGACCCCCCGUACCUGUCUGAGGAGUGUCUGAGCAAAGUGACCCAAACCAUCAAGUACCUGACCAAAGACAAAGUACUGCUGUGUACAGGAGCCAUCAUGGAGAGUCAUGCCAAAGAGCUUCUGGGUCUGAAAAUGUGCAACUUCCUGCCAAAACACAACAGGAAUCUGUCCAACGAGUUCCGCUGUUUUGUCAACUAUCCUUCCCGCCUGCUGACGUGCUGAAGACAGAACUUUGAUCUGUGCCAACGUCUCGGAACGGGAACACCACAUCACCACUUCAUACUGCUGACCAGAGGAAGGAUACUUUGGAUGUGCAGAACGAGCUGAAACUCUGAGUUUGUGGUGUUUUGUUUUUUGUAUAAUUUUGAGUCAACACUUAACACGUAAAUGAGAAGGUUGGGAUGAAAUAAUCCGUUACUGUUUGAAACCAACUGCAGUCUGAGUUUUGAUCCUUUCAGCCAGAGACUAGUUUCAUCAGUUACCAACAUCACCAGAGAGAAAUGUGAAUUUAACAUGUUUGUAAUAACAUAUUUGUUACCUGGGCUUAUUGUUACAUGGUAGCGUGGUGUUCGUGAUCUCUUUUAAUAGUUGAGAGAAUGGUCAUUUAUUGGUCAGUUUGUGGCGUUUGACAGUUAUUGGCCCAUUCGCACUUAACAAAAGGUCAACGAGCGCCAAGGUACCGACCACGGCGCCCCAGCAGCUGCCCUGCACGGUCUGUUGCAGAGUUCUCACCAGUACAUUUCCCUUGUUAAGCUGCCGCUGAGUAGUAGCAGUUACUCUGUCCGUCGGCCUGCGUAGCUGCUGCUUUGAUUCAGCCUUUGACAGCUGGACUGCUGUGAACAAAAUGUGCAUCAGUGUCACUGCUCUUGAGCGCCUUGAUCAGACUGGCAGUAAAUAACCGCUCAAAUCAGAUUCCAGCUGUGUUUUUCUACAUCUGUAACACCUGAUGGCUGAAACUGCACGUCGCAUCAGACACACAUCGAACACACACCAGUGUAUUUCCAGCCAGCAGCCUUUUCAACUGCUGCUGAGUCUGCAAAAUUUUAUUGUGCACAUUUUCUGUGACGGUUUCUUGACGUGAGAUUUACAGCGUGCAUUCAGUUUUGCGUGUUUGUGUUUUUAUUUAUCAUUUAGUUGGUCCAGUUGUCACCUGACAGCACACCUCGUAUCAAAUGUUUUAUUAUACAGUAGUGUUCAGAAUAAUAGUAGUGCUAUGUGACUAAAAGGAUUAAUCCAGGUUUUGAGUAUAUUUCUUAUUGUUACAUGGGAAACAAGGUACCAGUAGAUUC